CUCCCCAACACCACUCUGGAGGGAAAAGCUAUGGCCUAUCACAAAGUGAAUGCAGACCUGAGAGCACAGGGGCACUCUCCGUACCUUGACAAUGAUGAGCUCCAAGCCACAACGCUGGACCUGGAAUGGGACAUGGAAAAAGAGCUGGAGGAGCCUGGCUUUGACCAUUUCCGACUGGAUGGUGCGGUCCAGCAUCAUCUGGGAAGCUUGCAGAGCCCUGAACUUGAUCUCGAGCCCAUCCAGGCAGCAUCAUCUCCGAAAGGAAGAUUCCAGCGGCUUCAGGAAGACCCUGAGUACAUCUCACACUAUACGAGACAGGCACCAAAGAGCACCCGCUGCAAUUGUUUUCAGAUACUGAAAGUAUUUUGCACUGCUUUGAUUUUAUUUAUUUUUGGAAUUGUGAUAGGAUAUUAUGCACGCAACAAAUGCCGUUCUCCCCCAACAUCUCAAGAGCCAAAUAACUUUCAUAUCUACCAGGAAAUUCUCAAGGAAAUCAAAGCCAAAAAUAUUCAACAGAUUUACAGCUUUCUCAUGGUGUUUGGGAAGCUUUUAUAG